CAACUCUCUCGUUUGCCAGCUUCCUUCAGGAGCCAACAUGAAUGAAUUCACUGGAUUUGCCCCCAACCCCAGUAGCCCCACCAAGGAGCCCAUGGAGCCCACGCCCAGGGGUGUCCCGCCCCAGGAGGACGUUGACAUGAGCAGUGGCUCCAGUGGAAAUGAGACCAACGAGAACUGCUCCACGGGGCGGGACUCGCAGGGCAGCGACUGCGACGACUGCGGCAAGGAGCUGGGGAUGCUGGUGGAGCCGCCCGGCCCCCGGGAGAGUCCAAGUGCCUACAGCCUGAUGCUGGCCAAGUCCGAGCACCACCCAUCUACCAGUGGCUGCAGCAGCGAGCAGUCCGCCAAAGCCGACGCUCACAGGGAGCUGAUCAGGACGCUCAGGGAGCUGAAGGUGCACCUGCCCGCCGAGCGGAAGGCCAAGGGCAAGGCCAGCACGCUGGCCACGCUCAAGUACGCCCUGCGCAGCGUGAGGCAGGUGAAAGCCAACGAGGAGUAUUUCCAGCUGCUCCUGUCCAGCGAGCAGCAGAGCUGUGGCGCCGGCGUGCCCUCCUACACCCUCGAGCAGAUCCAGAGCGCCACCUCCGAGGUCGUUGUGAAGAGCACGGACAUGUUCGCCGCGGCUGUGUCCCUGGUCACCGGGAGAAUCCUGUACAUCUCCAGCCAAGUGGUCUCCAUCUUCCGCUGUAAGGAAGACACCUUUCUUGAUGCCAAGUUCGUGGAGUUCUUGGCACCCCACGACGUGAGUGUGUUCCACAGCUGCACCACACCACACAAGCUCCCGCCCUGGAGUGUCUGCAGUGGGGCAGAUUCUUUCACUCAAGAAUGCAUGGAAGAGAAAUCUUUCUUCUGCCGUGUUAGCGCCGGGAAGGCCCACGAGAACGAGACCCGCUACCACCCGUUCCGCAUGACGCCGUACCUGGUCAGGGUGCCGGAGCGGCAGGGCGCCGGGAGCCAGCUGUGCUGCCUGCUGCUGGCGGAGAGGGUGCACUCCGGCUACGAAGCCCCUAGAAUUCCUCCAGAAAAGAGAAUUUUUACGACCACACACACCCCCAACUGUUUGUUCCAGGACGUGGAUGAGAGAGCCGUCCCCCUCCUGGGCUACCUACCUCAGGACCUGAUCGAGACCCCAGUGCUCCUGCAGCUCCACCCCAGCGACCGGCCCCUCAUGCUCGCCAUCCACAAAAAGAUCGUGCAGUCCAGCGGGCAGCCCUUCGACUAUUCGCCCCUUCGGUUCCGCGCCCGGAACGGGGAGUACGUCACGCUGGACACCAGCUGGUCCAGCUUCAUCAACCCCUGGAGCAGGAAGAUCUCCUUCAUCAUCGGGCGGCACAGAGUCAGAGUGGGCCCUUUGAACGAGGAUGUGUUCGCUCAGCCGUGCGUGGAGGAGCAGCAGCCCCUGCACCCCAGCAUCCCGGAGCUCACGGAGCAGAUCCACCGGCUGCUGCUGCAGCCCGUGCCCCACGGCGGUUCCAGCGGCUACGGGAGCAUGGGCAGCAACGGGUCCCGCGAGCACCUCAUGAGCCAGACCUCCUCCAGCGACGGCACCGGCCACGAGGACGCCCGCAGGAGAGCCGAAAUUUCUAAAAAUGGUAACAAAGUCAAAACCAAAAGUCAUCAUUCCGAUGAAUCUGGAGAACAGAAGAGAAAAUCUGCUACAGAAACGCAAAGUAGUUCCCGUGCUCACCUGACAGCCGCCCAGGCCUCAGAGGACAGCUCGGGCGCCAGCCCGCCCUUGGCCGCCUUCCCAGAGGAGCUGGCCUGCAGGAACCCUCCGGCUGGCUCCUACCAGCAGAUCAGCUGCCUGGACGGCGUCAUCAGGUACCUGGAGAGCUGCGGUGAGGCGACCACCCUGAAGAGGAAGUGUGAAUUCCCUGUCCACGCCUCCACACAGAAGGCCAGUGACAAGCGGAAGGCCACAGGCACCCCCAGGCCGCCUCCUGCAGAGGCCGUGGUGCCCCCCGGAGUGAACACACGUGCGGACGUCAGCGCGCGCUUGACUCCGCUGCGGCUGCCGGGCAAGGCGGAGAGCGUGGUGUCCCUCCCCAGCCAGUGCAGCUACAGCAGCACCAUCGUGCACGUGGGCGACAAGAAGCCGCAGCCGGAGCUGGAGACAGUGGAUGACCCCGCGAGUGGGCCCGAGUCCCUGGACUGUGGCCUUGGCCAGGAGAAGGAGCCCUUGAGGAGGCUGGGCCUCACCAAGGAGGUGCUGGCCGCCCACACCCAGCAGGAGGAGCAGAGCUUCCUGCUCAGGUUCAAGGACACAAGGAGGCUCAGUGUCCUCCAGUCUCGCUGCCGUCAUUACGUACAGGAACGACCCAGGGGGCCACUGAGUGAAAGAGUUGCUCCUGCCCUGAGAACCACUUCUGGAGUCGAUUCCUCUUGGAAAAAAACUGGGAAGAACAGAAAACUGAAGUCCAAACGGGCCAAGCCUCAGGACUCCUCUGAGAGCACUGGGUCUGGGGGGCCCGUGCCUCACCGGCCCCUGCUGAUGGGCCUGAACACCACCGCCUGGUCACCCUCGGACACGUCCCAGUCCAGCUGCCCCGCAGUGCCCUUCCCCACCCCCGUGCCCACGUACUCCCUGCCAGUGCUCCCAGCCCCAGGCAUCAUGCCAGUACCAGGAGCCGUGGCGGCAGCACCGAUGGAGCCCCACGCCAGCUUCCCGGUGCCCGCUGUGCCCAUGGACAUCCAGCCUGAGUUUGCUGUCCAGCCCCCGCCAUUCACUGCCCCCCUUGCCCCGGUCAUGGCCUUGGUGUUACCUACCUAUCCCUUCCCCCCAGUGACCCCAAACCUGCCCCCAGCCUUCUAUCCUGGCCAAAUGAUCCCUGCCUCGCAGCCCGAGUUCCCUGGUCGGACCUCACCCCCCAAACAGCCGUGCGCUUGUCCUCGGGCAGAGCGUGGGCCACCAGUGUCACAUGUGGCCACCCCAGCUACUCCACUGUCGGCCACCGGGCUGUCAGGCCGGGCCUCCCCGCCACUUUUCCAGUCCCGUGGCAGCUCACCCCUGCAGCUCAACCUGCUCCAGCUGGAGGAGGCCCCUGAGGGCAGCACCACGGCCGCAGGGACAGUGGGGACAGCAGGCACGGGGCCGGACUGUAAGCCUGGCACGUCCUGGGACUGGCCAUCGAAGGCACUGCUGAGCACAAGGACUCCUGGCUGCUCUUUCUCUACCGCAGGUGGCCCUGCAACACCCAUGCAGGAUGAGCCCCCAAACGCCCAGAACAGCGACGCCCUGUCCACGUCCAGCGACCUGCUCGAUCUCUUACUGCGCGAGGAUCUCUGCUCAGCCGCAGGGUCGACCAUGUCGGGGAGCAGGGCCUCAGCCACCUCCGACUCCCUGGGCUCCAGCUCACUGGGUUUCGAUGCAUCCAGAAGUGGGACAGGCAGUAGCCACACCAGCAAGUAUUUCGGAAGCAUCGACUCCUCGGAGAAUAAUCACAAGUCGAGGGCGGACGUGGGAGAGAGCGAGCACUUCAUCAAGUAUGUCCUCCAGGACCCCGUGUGGCUGCUGGUGGCCGACGCUGACGACAGUGUCAUGAUGACCUACCAGAUGCCUGCCCGGAGCGUAGAUGCCGUCCUGAAGGCGGACAGGGAGAAGCUGAAGCAGCUGCGGAAGCUGCAGCCCCGCUUCACCACGCAGCAGACGCAGGAGCUGCAGGAGGUGCACCCGUGGGUGCGGGCGGGCGGCCUGCCUGCAGCCAUCGACGUGGCGGAGUGCGUGUACUGUGACGACGAGGGAAAGGGCACCUUCUGUGAACCGUACGAGGAAGACGGUGCCCCUCUGGGACUCGCAGCCACAGACACCACAGGAAAGGAGAACGGACCCCCCCUGAGCCACAGAGACGACAGGCAGACGUAACUGCCCCCCGCCGGCGGCGGCGACCUGUGUUAGAUGGCGAAGGAAGGGGACAGCUUCACAUUUGUUUCCAAGGAAAUGGCCAGAUAAACUUUUGUUGUUUAGAAAAAAACAAAGUUUUCUGAAGGGGUGGCUGAAAACUUUGGAGGGUGGGAAGGGUUUGGGAAGAAAUACAUUUUUACAUUUAAAUUAUAAAUAUGGACUUUUGAGGUCGGAGAAGAGAUUUUGCUGUGAUAUAACUUGAGAAAGACUGAAUCCCCUGUGUGGGUGUCGGGGGGUCGCCUGUGCGCUCCCGGAAGUCCUUGGACGCACUGGGCCCCGCAGGGUGUCGGAGGCUCACACCAGGCUGUGCCACGCGCAACGCAGGCGAGCUGAGGGCACCAGCCUCGAGCCCCCAGCGUGUGCCUGUGCAGAUCAAAUCUGCCCUCUUUGGGGGCUGCUUUUAUCUCAGUUAUCAUCUAGUCAGACUAGAUGUUUUUAAAACAUACCACGUGGAAAUGACUGCCUCCCGAUUUUCUUUGAAAACAUGUCGUGUUAACUGAUGUGAAGCAAACCGGCAGCUUCAGUUCAGGCAGGUGUUUCUAUCUGAUGUCGCUGCCUUCGGGUGAACAAAGUUGAAAUGCCCGCUCGGGACUGCGGCCUAGUUCGUGUGACCAAGCCCCUAAGACCAACGCCACCCAGGCCCCCUGUGUGCUUCUCCACCCUCGGCUCCUCUCCCGACCAGGCCCGCAUGUGCGCACAGGCCCGUUGUGGUCACUCUUCAGGUGGCUCCCCUCUGCAAGCCAGGCUCUGGUCAGUGCAUUUGGGGCCCGUCCGUGCCCUUCAGUUGACGUGUCCCAGACAUAAGCCCUGGUCCUCGCGGGGACGGUAGCUGUGUUGUCGGGGUGCUGAGAGCUCACGCCUCCCACCACACCUGGGCAGGGACUGGGCUCGGUCUUUUCAUGAGCCUCCCUCACUAGGUGCAGCUCCCAGUCUCUGCAGUGACUUCCCCCAGUGUCUCUGGCACUUUUGGGUCAUUGGACACUUGGGGAAGAGUCUGCCCAGCUUUUUGCAAAACCUCACAUUGUGUCAUGUAUCCCAAAGAUUGUUCAGAAAAAAAGCCCAGGAGUGAAUGAGAAGUUCCCACUGGUGAAGCAGUUGACUCAGAAUUGCAUCGAGUCUGUAGAAAUUAAAAGGAAGCAGGUUUCCCCUGUUCUCUGAUGGAGAAGUGGCCCCCAGAACAGCGAAGCCACUUUAAUCCAGUGGGUUUCAUAGUAAAACCACCCUUUUCCAGGAUAUUAAUCGCACUUUUUAUGAACUCAAACACAAAACACUUUAACUUUUUUUUUAAUUUAUGAAGUAAUAUCACCCUCAGGGACCCAUUGAGGGUGUAGUCUGUGCCUCUGUGUGGGAAUUAGAUGCUAAGACUGCUUCCUGCCUCUGAAGCCAGGUCAUUAAGGGGUUGAUUACGUGUCACCUGAACACAAACUGCCAAAACGUCCUCUACUGUUACGAGUGUUUCCAUCAGCAUCACUUCAUUAUCUAAUGCACACCUGCUGAUGGUUGACUGCGGGGCUUCACGUGCUGAGAACUGACAGCAGGAGCAUUUGUGAAAUUGUUUACACGGUGCCGUGCACCCGGUCAUGUGUCCUUAGUGUGUGUGCUGACCCAGGUGUUAUGAAAACCUUUCCUUGAUUUUAAACUGAGCCUUCUUUUUAAAAUACUCCUGCAAAGACAUGUACAUAAGUGCCCAGGUCUGUGUGAUGACUCGUUAGCCUUGCCGGACAAGUGAUGGGCUGGUGCGAAGAACAAGCUCUCCCCCAGUGCAAUAUGUUGUUCGAUUGCUUGUGUCUUUUUAUGACUUUUUUGCCUUUUAGAAAAUGGGUAAAUAAAGCAGGUAUAUUUUUA